AUGAUGAUGAGCAAGGCAGAUGAAGACUGCUGCUCAUGGGAUGGCGUCACCUGCAAUGAGGUUACUGGUCAUGUGAUCGCACUUAACCUCACUAGUAGCUGCCUCUAUGGUUCUAUAAACUCUAGUAGCAGUCUCUUCCAACUUGUCCAUCUCGAAUGUUUAUCAUAUCUGGAUCUUUAUGGUUCUGGCUUUUCUGGUAAAAUACCAUCGGAGAUCCUAGAGCUCUCAAAGUUGGAGACCCUUGACGCUUCGUUUAAUGUUAACUUGGAGCUCCAAAAGCCAGGUCUGAAAAGUCUAGUUGAGAAGUUAACUCACCUCAAAGUGCUAUUUCUUGAUAAGGUCAACAUUUCUUCAUCAGUACUUGAUAUCUUGGCAAAUUUAUCUUCGUUGACUGCCUUAUCCCUCAGAGAGUGCGAAUUGCAAGGUGAAUUCCCAGCAAAGAUAUUCCAAUUACCCAACCUUCACGUUCUUAGUGUGAGAUACAAUCCAAGUCUCUCUGGAUACUUGCCAGAAUUUGAAAUGAACAGUCCCCUUGAAGAUUUGAGACUUGCCGGCACGGGAUUCUCCGGUAAGAUUCCAUAUUCAAUACGAAAUCUUGGUUCCUUGCUUCUCCUGGAUAUUAGUAAUUGCAGUUUUUCAAGAUCAAUUCCAUCUUCACUUGGUAAUCUCACCAAGAUUACUUAUCUAUACUUAAAUGGAAAUGAAUUUUCUGGCGAGUUGCCAAUUGUCAUUGGAAAUCUUUCUUCUCUAGAAGAAUUGCACCCUUCUUAUAACAGUUUUUCAAGCCAAGAUUCUGGUUCACUGUCAUGGAUGGCCAAUGCAAGUCCAUUAGCAUAUUUGCAAACGGUGGGAUUGGGACAAGUUUCAUUAAUCACUUAUGACGAUGAGAGAAUUGAUCUUUUACCAGUGAGUUACAGUUACUCAUUGCAAACGAGUACCAAAGGCGUAGAGCUGGAAUAUGGAAAGAUCUCAAAUCUCUUGACUGCCAUUAUUUUCUCCAGCAAUAAAUUUGAAGGAGAGAUUCCAACAUCCAUUGGAAAGCUGAAAGGGCUUCAAUUUCUCGUUCUUUCGAACAAUAAUCUCAAAGGCCCCAUCCCACCAUCCAUAGCAAACCUAACAACAAUGGAAUCAUUGGACCUUUCUAAUAACAACCUCUCAGGAUUGAUCCCUCAGCAACUACAAGACCUCACAUUCCUUUCACACUUCAAUGUCCCAAAUAACCAUCUCAGAGGACCCAUACCACAAGGAAAGCAAUUUGAUACGUUUAAGAAUAAUUCAUUUGAAGGGAACCCAGGAUUAUGUGGAAAGCAGAUAGGAAAAAAAUGCGAAAAGUUUCGGCCUUCAAAGAAUGAAGAAAACCCUGCUGGCUCCAAGUUUCCAUUUGAAUUUGGGUGGAAAGUAGUUCUGAUGGGGUAUGCAAGUGGACUAGUUAUUGGGGUGGCUUUUGACCAUGCUUUCUCUCCUAGAAAAGAGGAACGGUUUAUGAAGAUUUUCAGGAAGAAACCCAUGAAAGCAAUUGGGAGAAACAGAGCUCACAGAAACAGAACGUAAUCAGCCUUGUUUCUUUUUCUUCACAGAUUAAUAAAGGGAUAAUUAGUUUAAACCCCGCAGGUUUGUCCCAAUACAGAUGUUUAUGUCAGUUAAUAAAUGCAGCUGUGUUUUCU